GUGGCUUUAUGGGGAAACGAUUCAUGACUGCUGAUGAUACCCGAGAAUUCAGUAGCAUCGUUAAGAAUCGGUUAUUAUAGCAGAGCUACGGCAACAGGCGCGAUCUGUGAACCUUGCAGAGUCCAGAGCGCACAAGAACCAGAACUACCAUGCCAUUGCCCCUUGACAUCGCCAGGGUCACCUUUCCAUACACUUAACUUGGCGACACCUAGACUGUACGCCCUGCGAGGACGGAAUUUGCAAUGAGUCGUUUUCCUUCGCCUAUAAAACACCGCUAUGAUGUGCGGGCGAUACCGAGUGGGCCAUACCCAAGGCCGAUGGAGCGCAUAGAGAGUAACAGGCUGAGGCAGAAGACACGCUGGUGGUUAUCAUCCGUUGGAGAGCCGAGGACGAAGGACGGUUGGGCUGAGACCCCCAGAGACACGCCCUGGACUACAGGCUCGCACAUCAACAGCAAGCCCAAGCCGUCUAGCUACGAUAGCGGUUCCCUCGUUACGAUUAUUCGGUCUUCGCAGUGCUUGGCCGCCAUCUUGGCACUCGUCUUGUACGUAUUUACGAUGUCCGGCCCAACUCUCUGGCUCCUCGUCCUAGCGAGUGCCACGAGUGUAUUAUCCGGCGGUUGGUGCAUUCUCGCACUUUUUCUGCGGCACGUCUGGUCGGUCUGGCUCGUAAUACCGGAGCUCCUGCUCGCGCUGACAUGGGUCGUGCUCUUCGUCGUGAGCUCCACUACGACGCCCGACGACUCCAAGGCCCUGACGUUCAGGUUGGGGAUGAUGGCCAUCGAGGCGGCUAUGGUCCUCUGGACACAGACCAGCCUGCUGGCCAUAACGCCCGUGUUCCAUCAGACGAUUUCGUGUCUGUUUGGGGCACGCAGCCGCGGGGACCCCGGGAACGGACCCCUUAUGCAGGGUGCCCCGGGGAUGGUAAGAUGUUUUGCGCAGUAGAUGGUGCAUAUCAACUGAUGUGAAUGAUAGCCAGCUCGGCGCCCAACCGCUGCCACACCGGGCCGAGAGAGGGGAGAGCGUCCGUCCGCGAUAGCUCCU